UGGAAUGUUACCGUGAAACAAUCGGAAGAGCCGAGCAGUCGCAAACCGGACUCACGGCUCGGGGAAUCUGGCGGUUCGAAAAGCUUCUUGUUUUGUUUUUUUUCCCCCCACCGAAAGUCGUCGUACUUUGUGUGUUAAGAGCACGCGGCUGUCAGUUUUCCCUCGGUAACGUGACGCAGGCGACGCUGACCCGACGAGAGGGAUUUGUGGUUCCACGUACGGCUCCGAGUCGGCGGAGAUGCAGGGAUUUGUUCGGUUACAGUGACUGUGAGUCGCUCGGAUGAACUACCGCCGCUUCGCUCACCGGCGACUCCUCUCUCUCCGUAGUAUUUUCUCCGUCAUGGAGUAAACACGUCGAGUUAAAAGAAGAGAAGAGAAGCGAUCUAAGAUCGAGACGGCGCGUCAGAUUUGCUGUGGGACGCGCAGCUGGAUGUUAUCAGCGCCCCGCGGCUGCAGCAGCCUGGUGGCUUCGCCUUGAAUCGCAUUGAUUUCUGCGUGGUCGGACGGAGGUGCGGGACGGAGGGAAUCGAACCCACAAGUGGCGCUGGUUCGCCCGUAGCCGCGACGGCAGCGGGUACAGCUGAGCUGAGCUGAGCUCCGAGAGCGGCGGGGUUUCGCCUCUCCUUCUUACUUCGCUCGGCUGAGAGACAGACUGAGUGGGGGAGAUUCCGCCGUCGCAGCAGAAGCAGCGGCAGCCUGAGCCGCCGGAGCAGCGCGCCGUCCUGCGCCCGCCUAAGUAAGAUGGUAGACAGACGCGGGAGAGAGCGGGGGAACAGAUGAUAAAGUCGCCCACAUGCGCUGGAUCAGUCGCCGGACUCGGGAUCGCGAUCAGCAGACGACGACGAGGAGGAGGAGGACGACGGACGACGACGACGACGCGGAUCUGAAACGUCGCUUGCAGGCUGGAAGAUGGCGGAGCGGUGCCGCCGGCGGUGGUGAGAGCGAAACUUCGGGCCGCUUCGGACUCUCUGGGACUCGACUCCAGCACCAGCAGCUGCUGCCGCCGGGCUCGGACCGCGGGACACAUGCAGGCCAAGAAGCGCUACCUGGCGCUGCUGUCGGCCGCCGCUUCUCUCGUGCUGCUCUUCUGCCUCGGAGGGGUGCAGGUGCCGGCGACGUCGUCGAGCCGCGGCGGCGGUGGCGGCGGCGGUCCCGGCCGGAGGCGUCACCCGGCGGCGGAGCGGCCCUGGCCGCGCUUCUCCGACCCCUUGCCGUCCUUCGCGCCCCCGGAGUCGCACUCGGACGCGGCGGCGGAGGAGGAGGCGGAGGAGCGCGGCGCGCACUCGUCCCCGCGGCUCAAGCGGGACGUGAACUCGAGCGUGUACCGGGCCCGCCGCUGCCGCAUGGAGUCGUGCUUUGACUUCUCGGCGUGCGAGAGGAACGGCUUCAAGGUGUACGUGUACCCGCAGCAGAAGGGGGACAAGAUCUCGGAGAGCUACGCGAACAUCCUGUCGGCGAUCGAGGGCUCCCGCUUCUACACGUCGGACCCGGGCCAGGCGUGCCUCUUGGUGCUCGGCCUGGACACGCUGGACCGGGACCAGCUGUCCCCGCAGUACGUGCACAACCUGAAGGGCAAGGUGCAGGGCCAGCCGCUGUGGAACGGCGGGCGCAACCACCUCAUCUUCAACCUGUACUCGGGCACGUGGCCCGACUACACCGAGGACCUGGGCUUCGACAUCGGCCUGGCCAUGCUGGCCAAGGCGAGCGUCGGCGCCGAGAACUUCCGGCCCGGCUUCGACGUGUCCAUCCCGCUCUUCUCCAAGGAGCACCCGCGCGCGGGCGGCGAGCGCGGCUCGCUGCGCUCCAACACCAUCCCGCCCUUCAGGAAGUACGUGCUCGUGUUCAAGGGGAAGCGCUACCUCACGGGCAUCGGCUCGGACACGAGGAACGCGCUCUACCACGUGCACAACGCCGAGGACGUGGUGCUGCUCACCACCUGCAAGCACGGCAAGGACUGGCAGAAGCACAAGGAUGCGCGCUGCGACCGCGACAACGCCGAGUACGACAAGUACGACUACCGGGAAAUGCUGCACAACUCCACCUUCUGCCUGGUGCCGCGGGGUCGUCGCCUGGGAUCUUUCCGCUUCCUGGAGGCCCUGCAGGCCGCCUGCGUGCCCGUGAUGCUGAGCAACGGCUGGGAGCUCCCCUUCUCUGAGGUCAUCAACUGGAACACGGCGGCGGUCAUCGGGGACGAGCGCCUGCUGCUGCAGAUCCCAUCCACGGUGCGCUCCAUUCAUCAGGACAAAAUCUUAGCACUUAGACAGCAAACGCAGUUCCUGUGGGAGGCCUACUUUUCCUCUGUGGAGAAGAUUGUAUUGACUACCCUCGAGAUUAUCCAGGACAGGGUGUUCCAGCACACGUCCCGCAGCAGCCUCAUGUGGAACAGCCACCCCGGGGGUCUCUUCGCCAUGCCUCAGUACUCCGUCUACCUGGGUGACUUCCCCUUCUACUACGCCCAGCUGGGUGUCAAGCCGUACCCCAAGUUCACGGCAGUCAUCCACGCCGUGACCCCUCUGGUUUCGCAGUCCCAGCCUAUUCUCAAGCUCUUGACAGCUGUUGCUAAAUCUCAUCACUGUGCCCAGAUCAUCAUCCUGUGGAAUUGUGACAAGCCCCUCCCUGCCAAGCACCGCUGGCCUGCCACCUCAGUGCCCGUCAUUGUCAUUGAAGGGGAGAACAAGGUGAUGAGCAGCCGCUUCCAGCCCUAUGAGACCAUCACCACGGACGCUGUCCUGAGUCUGGACGAGGACACGGUGCUCUCCACCACUGAGGUGGAUUUUGCCUUCACUGUUUGGCAGAGCUUUCCAGAGAGGAUAGUGGGAUACCCAGCACGGAGUCACUUCUGGGACAGCAACAAAGAGCGCUGGGGCUACACCUCCAAGUGGACCAAUGACUACUCCAUGGUGCUAACUGGAGCUGCUAUUUACCACAGAUAUUACCACUACUUGUAUACCAAUUACCUGCCAGCCAGCCUGAAGAAUAUGGUGGACCAGCUGGCCAACUGCGAGGACAUCCUCAUGAACUUCCUGGUGUCUGCUGUCACCAAGUUGCCCCCCAUUAAGGUCACGCAGAAGAAACAGUACAAGGAGACUAUGAUGGGACAGUCCUCCAGGGCCUCGCGCUGGGCCGACCCGGACCACUUUGCUCAGCGCCAGACCUGUAUGAACAAAUUUGCCAGCUGGUUUGGCACCAUGCCUCUGGUCCACUCACAGAUGAGAUUGGACCCAGUUCUGUUCAAGGACCAGGUCUCCAUCCUGCGCAAGAAGUACAGGGACAUCGAGAGGCUUUAGCAGGCCUGGCACCCUCGCCUCCGAGCUCCACGGGGAGCGCCCCGGCUGACCAAGGGGCGGAGCAGGGCAGGGCAGGGCAGAAGGGGGUUCCCACGGCUUGGUCUUCCAUGCGCAGCGCACCCCUGCCCCCCGCACAGGGCUUCGGCCCGCCCCGUCAACACGUUGCCAAUGAUGAUGACCGCAGGAGCUGGGACGCCUCGGCAGAAGCUCACGCGCUGCAGCAGUCUUGCGCCCACACACACCCACACUACUGACAAAAAAAAAAA